AUGCUUUUCAAACAAUGGAAUGAUUUACCGGAACCAAAACAUCUGCUAGACUUCCCAGAGAUUUCAAAUAACCUGCAAUCCUUAGAAGUUUGCCCAGUUCCAAAAGUCGAGUUUCCUCAGGAUUUGGAUGUUUCUCAAUACUCAACAGUCGUCAUUACUACGAAGAUAAUGAACCCGUUAUUUCCCAAAAAGUUGCUUCAAUUGACCUCUAUUGGUGAAAUUAAGACUACAUUGACGGUAAAAAACUCACCUCCUCUUCAACCUUCAGGUGAACACUCAUGGAAUUACGAUGAAAAUUUUCCAAACGAGGUAGAUCCUGACCAAAAAAGUGCCAUUUCCGAUGAAACAACGUAUGGCUUCUCUUUCCCGAUUUAUUCAUUUGGAAAGACGUUAUUAUUCUCCAUGGAGGAGAAUUUCAUAAGCAUAUCGCCAAUUUUUGGUAAUAUGAUAAGUAGAUCUAUCAUAUCACAAUUAGUCAAGUCGUCCCCUGAUAUAAUAGUUAUUGGUACAUCUGAUAAAAUCAACGGCAUGAAGAUAACGACGAAAGACGAAUGUACACUACAGCCACCAGAAUUUAUUACAGGAUUCAUAGGAAGUGUAUUAACACAAUUGAUUGUCGGUGCCAAUAAGGGAAUGAAAUUUAAAUGUCUUGUUGUGCCUAGUGAGGGGCCUAACGGGUUUGAAAAACUUUCGUUGUCUGACAUGGGCUCUUUAGUUGAUUUAUGUGGUCAAUGGCUUGGUUUUGACCAUUCAAAAUAUGCUGAUGAAUGCUAUCGCCUAUGGAGGUGUGAUAGUGCGGCAAUUGGUGCCCAAUCAGGCCUAUAUAUAUGA